UGCGGCCCGGGUGCGCUGCCGUCUGAGCAUGCUCCCGCGGGGCUCCGCCGGUAUAUAGCGGGGCCGGGGUGCCGGCGGCAGCGGCUCGGCUGAGGCAGCGGGGAGCGCAGGUCCGCAGCGCGCUCCGCUCCGCACCGUACUGCGCCUCUGCACCGCUCCGGACAGCAGAGCUCCUCACCGUACUGCGCCUCUGCACCGCUCCGGACAGCAGAGCUCCUCACCGUACUGCGCCUCUGCACCGCUCCGGACAGUAGAGCUCCGCAGCGCUCUCCGGUCCGCACCACUCUGCGCCUCUCUGCACCGCUCCGCUCCGCACGGUGCCGCACCGCUCUCCGCUCCGUACCGCGCUCAGCCAAGCACCGCGCGUCUCUCCGGACAGCUCCGCUCCGCACGGUACCGCAGAGCUCCGGACAGCAGCGCUCCGCUCCGCACCGCGCUCCGCACUGCGCUCCGCACUGCUCGGCGCGGUGCCGCACCGCCCCGCGGGGCCCGUCCCUGCCCCACCGCCGCUGCCCGCCGGAGCCCCGGCGCCCGGCACGGCCGAGGCAGCGAGCCCCGCUCCGCCGGCCCCGGCCCCCGCGGCGGGCGCUCCCGCGGGCGGCAGGAUGGCCGCGAAGCCGGCCGAGCUGAUGGGCAUCUGCUCCAGCUACCAGGCGGUGAUGCCGCACUUCGUCUGCGUGGCCCAGGAGUUCCCGCCGCCCGCCCGCCCCGCCAAAGCCCCCAAGGGCAAGCUGCGGCGGCCGCGGCAGUCGCGCUUCAAGACGCAGCCGGUGACUUUCGACGAGAUCCAGGAGGUGGAGGAGGAGGGGGUGUCCCCCAUGGAGGAGGAGAAGGCCAAGAAGUCCUUCCUGCAGUCGCUGGAGUGCCUGCGGCGGAGCACCCAGAACCUCUGCCUGCAGCGGGACCGCCUGGGCAGCUGCCGCCUCCGCAACAGCCUCGACUCCAGCGACUCGGACUCGGCGCUCUGAGGGCCGCGGGUCCGGCGGAACCGGCCCGGCUCGGCGGCACGGACUGACCGCAGGGAGCCGCGCCGCCGCCGGCACCGGAGCGCCGCACGGACAGCCGGGUCGGGAUGUUUUCUAAGAAAGCGCUUGUACCUUCGUUUCUAUUUGAUUGUAUGAAACUCACCGUUUAAAGACAAAAAAAGAAAAAAAGAAAAAAAAAAAAUCUUUUCUAUUCGUUAGAAGAAAUGAGCUGUUUUAGAUGCAUUGAGCUGCUGGACUUAAUAUUUAUUUUUGCAUUUAAACUGUUGACUGCAUUAAUUUAAUAUGUUUCUACCUGAAUGUCUGUUAUUAUUUCCAUAAAAGAGUAAUAAAUAUGAUAUAUUUGCACAGUA